UAUACACUAUAUUGCCAAAAGUAUUGGGGCACCCCUCCAAAUCAUUGGAUUCAGGUGUUCCAAUCACCUCCAUGGCCACAGGUGUAUAAAAUCAAGCACUUGGGCAUGCACAAUGCUUCUACAGACAUUUAUGAAACAAUGGGUCGCUCUCAGAGGCUCAGUGAAUUCAAGCGUGGAACCGUGAUAGGUUGCCACCUGUGCAAUAAGUCCAAUAUAAUUUCCUUGCUAUUAAAUAUUCCACGGUCAACUGUUAGUGGUAUUAUAACAAAGUGGAAGCAACUGGGAACAACAGCAACUCAGCCACAAAGUGGUAGGCCAUGUAAAAUGACAGAGCGGGGUCAGCGCAUGCUGAAGCGCACAGUGUGCAGAAGUCGCCAACUGUCUGCAGAGUCAAUAGCUAAAGACCUCCAAACUUCAUGUGGCCUUCAGAUUAGCACAACAGUGUGUAGAGAGCUUCAUGGAAUGGGUUUCCAUGGCUGAGCAGUAGCAUUCAAGCCUUACAUCACCAAGUGUAAUGCAAAGCGCUGGAUGCAGUGGUGUAAAGCUGGAGCAGUGGAAACGAAAACAGUACUUGCCUGACAGCACUGCCCCAAAUGUAAAGUUU